CACGGAUUGACCACUCCUCUUGGCCUUUUUUUUAUUUCCUUGGAUAUCUGGGGAGGGAAAAGCUAAUCCACAAAGAUGACCGACGCACAACAAGAGGCCCGCUCCUACCUGAGCGAGGAAAUGCUGAACGAGUUCAAGGCUGCCUUCGACAUGUUCGACACCGACGGUGGCGGUGACAUCAGCACCAAGGAGCUGGGCCAGGUGAUGAGGAUGCUGGGCCAGAACCCCACGAGAGAGGAGUUGGAUGAGAUCAUCGAGGAGGUGGAUGAGGAUGGUGAGCGAUGGAUGACAGGACAAAAGAGGCAACUUUUAUAUGUAUUCCACAUGUAUACGUUAUAAAAAUCGGUCAUAACAUAUCUACACUUCUUUCCUUUUACUUUUCAUGUGUGAAACUGUGCGCAAAGAGAAAACAAUCAAUAAGUUAUCCAAGUGUCUCUUGGUGCCAUAGCUUGUGCGCAGCACUACCUAACGGCUGUACACACCUUCAUGAAUCGCUCGCAUGGCUCCAAUGUGCCCCCUCAGGUAGCGGCACCAUCGACUUCGAGGAGUUCUUGGUCAUGAUGGUGAGGCUGCUGAAGGAGGACCAGGCCGGCAAGAGCGAGGAAGAGUUGGCGGAGUGCUUCCGUAUUUUCGACAAGAACGGCGACGGAUACAUCGACAGAGAGGAGUUUUCCGUCAUCAUCCGCAGCACCGGCGAGCCCAUCUCAGAGGACGAGAUCGAUGAGCUGAUGAAGGAUGGAGACAAGAACGCAGACGGCAUGCUGGACUUUGACGAAUUCCUCAAGAUGAUGGAGAAUGUGCAGUAAAAGCAGAAAGACUCACGGACAUUCCUCCUCCCGUUGAACCCUGACUCCCCGCUGUCCCAGUCCCCCUCUCCCCCAAAACACAAACACCCACUCCUGUCCACCUGGUGCACUGCUUGUCCUCUCCAUCCUCCAGGGCACCUGGCGGGGGGGGGCACCAAGGGGGGAGGGGGUUGCUCCACUCACUCGGCCUCUUGAGAAUGCAGACAGCCCGUCCACAGAUGCCGAGCUGACCCCGUCAUCGGAGAGCCCCCCCCUACCCUCCCCCCGGUAAAGAUCUGAUCUAGAUCCCGAUUGGACGGCAGCACGUUACCUGCUGCUUAGACCAAUUCAGUCGACCGCUUCGCUGUAAGAAGUAACUGGCUUGAAAAGAAUAAAUGAAUUAACACAUGCUUGUAGUUGGUCCGUUAUAUUUAUGGUCUGUGUAAAGAAAAAAAAAUGUUUUAAGGAAUAUCAAUAAAAUCUGUUUGUUUCUUC